AUGCCGAGCCUGAUUAGCAUUCUCUCCUCCCAGAGCUCCUCGCGCUUCGCACACGCUCUCAGCAAAGAGAUUCGCGUGUCGACCGGCGCCGAAAAUGCGUCCGUCAAGGGUCCCGCGAAUCUAGGCAUUUCAUCUGGCCCAGCGGCUCCUAGCGCUUUCCAUAUCCCCGCUCCGCCGCCCUCUCAGCAGCACGUGUCUUCGUUCCAGCAGCAAUUACAGCACCAGCUGUAUCAGCUGCCGCUAGUGCCCGUCGCGCAGCAGUCGAUCCCGCGCGGAAUAUAUUCUUCCGGCAUUUCCGCAAUUCCCGCCGACCGUUGCGGGCUGCAUCUAAUUCGCGGCGACGCGCUCCACCUCCAGCUGCAAGACCCGUCGACCACGGCCGUAUCACGCGCUGACGUGGCUGGUGACGUGUCGAUCUCAUCAUCGAUUCGGCUAGCGGAUCUGAUUUCCGAUUAUUUUGAAGGUUGCGACGAGGAUAGCGACGCGCUCGAUGGCUUGUCGACGCUGAGAGCGGGACGCAGCGCGCAGGCGCAAUACAACUUGGGAUCGCUAGGCGAGGAGGCGAAUCAACGGCUGUCCGCAGAUUAUCUGGACAGGCAGAUGCAAGUGACAGAUCACGAUCAACUUCGCACGGUCCAGUCGCUUGCAGCCAUGGAUGGCCCCGUCGAAAGCGGCCUCUACGAUGACGUCAUCGCCGUGAUGACCGACGCGCGCGCGUGCCACGCGAACGACCUGCGCGGUACGAGCAGUCUGAACGCGGCGGUCGCAGAGCGACUGCGUGCGAUGGGGUACGACGCGGCGGUGUGCACGACGCAGUGGGACACGUCGCCCACCAUGCCCGAGGGUGAGUGUCAUACGCGUUCCACCUCCCCCGCUCCAGCCUCCCCCUCGCCCACCUUCACCAGAACCACCCCCCCGAACACCGCCCCUCGCUUUUCCCUCCCCCCUUGCGCCGCCUCCUCUGUUUCCGCCGACGGCGCUUCCCCCUCCCCCGCUUCCGCCAUCCCCGCUUCCCCCUCCCCCGCUCCCCCCUCCCCCGCUUCCGCCACCCCCCAGCGCUUCAUCGUCGACCUGGACUUCCGCGCUCAGUUCCAGAUCGCACGGCCCACGCGCGAGUACGCGUGCGCGCUCGAAUCCGCGCCGUUGAUCUUCGUGGGCCGGCAGGAGCGGCUGGCGCGGCUGGUGGAGGUGGUAUCUGGCGCGAUGCGGGGGGCUUUAAGGGCGCAGGGCAUGCACAUUCCGCCGUGGCGCAAGGGCGAGUAUCUGCUCGCCAAGUGGAUGGCUGCCGUUAGCCAGAGGAUUGUGUGUCAAGCGAAGGAGAGGGAGGAGGGGAUGGUGAAUGAGAUGAGGAAGGGGAUGGAGGGUGAGGGAGAAGAGAGCAAGGGAGCUGGGCGCAAGGGGGAGUAUCUGCACGCCAAGUGGAUGGCUGCGGUCAGCCAGAGAGUCGUGUGUGAGGCGAAGGGGACGGAGAAGUGGAUGGAGGGUGAGGGGGAAGAGAGCGAGGGAGUUGUGGGCAAGGGGAAUGUGGGCGAAGGGAUGGCGAGCAAGGGGAUGGAAGGCAAGGGUAUGGAGAAUGGGGGAGUCGUGCAGGGGGAUAAGGAUACAGCUACAGCUGGUGGUGGUUUACAUGGUGGCGAGGAUUUUCAUGCUCCAACAAUCUCGGCUGUCACAUUUGCCACUAGCACAGCUGAUCCUGCCGUUGCUGGGAAGCCAGCCCCUGCUGUUAGCCCCGUUGCUGCUGGUGCUCUUCCCGCGGCAGCCAUUACUGCUCUAACAGAAAGCUUUUACGCGUCUCCCGCUUCAGGCAUCACAGAUGCUGUCACCCACGCUCCGCACCGCUGCCAUCACCACCACCACCACCACCAGCACCACCAGCAGCACCAGCAGCAGCAGCAACAAUCACAGUUUCCCCAUGCCACUGACGCCAUGGGGGAUGCAGUUCACUUCCAAGGGCGCCUAGUUCCCUCAAGGCGUUUUGCUGCCCUGCACCAGUGCGCCCAAGCAGGGGGGCGGUGA